CACUCGUUCGGCGGGUGGCGGUAAUGCGUCUGGAGGCUGCUUGAAACCUCAACCGCAAGGAAGGAAGCAGAAGCAGCAGCAGCAGCAGAACCUCCGCCUCACGUCAUUUGUGUUUAAUUGGAUCGCAGUAACAGGAAUUUCGGAACGUUUCCACACCAAAUGUUGUUUAUUAGUAGCAGGGGCAUGUCGUAAACUGCGGGAAAGUCGUUAACGUGGAUAGUAGGACUCCUGCAUGAGUCAAGUUCCCUUCUUCAGACGAUGGCCACGCCGACCAAGACGCCGCCCGGCGCAGACCCGAAGCAGCUGGAACGGACCGGCACCGUUCGGGAGAUCGGCUCACAGGCGGUGUGGUCGCUGUCCUCCUGCAAACCAGGUUUCGGCGUGGACCAGUUGAGGGACGACAACCUGGAGACAUACUGGCAAUCGGACGGAUCCCAACCGCAUCUGGUCAACAUCCAGUUUAGGAGGAGGACCACGGUGAAGAUGUUGUGCAUUUACGCCGACUACAAGUCGGACGAGAGCUACACGCCGAGCAAGAUCUCCGUCAGAGUGGGGAACAACUUUCAUGACUUGCAUGAAGUCAGGUUGGAGAUGGUGGAGCCCAGCGGCUGGAUCCACGUGUCGCUCCUGAACCAGCGGACCAACGAGCCCGUCCGGACGUUCAUGAUCCAGAUCGCCGUGCUGGCCAACCACCAGAACGGCCGAGACACGCACAUGCGCCAGAUCAAAGUGUACACGCCGGUGCAGGAAAGCUCCGUGGGGAAGUUCCCACCGUGCACCACCGUGGACUUCAUGAUGUACCGAACCAUCAGCCAAUACCAGUGAGUCGACGCAACAAUCCAUGACAGCAAAAAGCUUGCGGCCGCGUCAAAAAGUUAACGAGAGGCUCGAUCGAGUCACCGACCGAUCGGACGGGACCCGAAGAGGGACAAGAUCGCAGCGGGGAUGGCGAACAUUUGGACGGCGGCUGAGUCUGAGUUCCUCGUUUCGAGCAGCAGUAAGUCUUCAUC